AUGCACUUAUAUUUAGGCAUGCAACCUCCUACAGCUCCCAGUCCUGGCCAGCACUUCCGUCAGCUACGGAUCGACAUGUCCAGAAAAAGGGUUAAUUCUAGCCUAAACGCUGGGCCACAUGAACAGCUGCUCUUCCACACAAGUUAUGAUCGCGAAGACGAAGAUGCAAAUGCAACUCUUCGGUCAGCUAAAACGGCACUAGAUGUGAAGACAUCAGAAACUAAAGCGGGCCAAGGCCAUCCAUUGGAAAAUGAGGCGAUCAAAGCCAACUGCUCUACACAGUAUAUCGAGUGCCGAGUAAAGGCCUUAUUCAGGCCAUCAGAGCCGAUAGGGCCUCUUCAAACGUUGGAAAAUCCGGAUUAUGAAGGUAUACUUUCCAAAUCAAACUGUGCGGAAUAA